UAAAGAACCGACGGGGGGAGUCUGGCGCGGCGCUCCCGCAGGGGUUCCAGCGAAAAGGUUCGCGCCACUCCUGGUGGGGUUCGUCAGUAUCCCGCGGUUCUUCGACGAGCUGGCAGAUCCGAAGUCUCCGUCCACGCUAAAGGAAAUGGUUACUGAACUCUUUGGGCAUUUUCAUCAAUUUUAAUUUGUGUCUGUCUUAAUAGAUUACACUAUUCUUUAAAUGUCUCUGCUAUUGAAUCUCUUACGGCAAUUGCUGGAGUAUUAUGGUGUGGUCCCAGAACUGGCCUUGCAAAGGUGUAAAUUGUAUCUAAAUGGCCUUGUUCGUAUGAUUGGACCUCAUCUUUCUUCAAAUACCUUUUCAAGAACAUGCUUCCAAGAAUUAUGUAUCAAUUCCAGGAAUUGUUUGAUAUCCUGGGUUUCAGAAGGAAAAAGAUACGGACCUACUCGAAGUUUAGUUCGUAGAUUGGGAGCGUGUCUUACAUUAAUUCCUUUUUCAAGACCUCACUUUCAGCUUGUCCAAAGUCUGAAGUCUUUUGAGGAACAAUACAGCACCGUUAAUUCUGUUCAACCAUCUCUUGCCGAUGCCCUGUGGAUGGUAGAUGAAGACAGAAAUCUAUGCACUAAAUUCAGAUUUGAGGAACGGAGAGGGUUUGCCACUCCAUCUGUACUUCCUUUGCCAAUUUCUUCAAAAGAAAAAAGUGAAAAAACAACUGUUGAGGGUGAAGAUGCAUUCGAAAAAAUUCAUGUUCUUGAAAAUGAAUUAGCACAUCUUCGUAAACAGAUUGCUGCAAUUUUGGCAGCAAACAGGGCAGUAAAUGAUCAAUCCUGUUCAGACACUGGGACUUCAUCAAACACUCCUAAUGAUUUCCCUCAGCCAGGAAUGGUUUUUAUGCCAGCUCCUACUUCUCUUUGUAACGUAAUCAUACCUCCACCUCCACCACUGCCCCCUUCAUUUGGGUUAAAGUCUGAUUUUGAUUCCCAUAAUUCGGCAGUUCAGCUUAUUAAACAACGUCGGGCUAUAAAGACUGAAAAGAUCAAAGAUAAGGCUGAACUUCAGAAAGCUAUUCCUGAUAUGAUGGAUGUUCUCAAGGAUAUAAAUAAUAUUAAACUCAGAGCUAUUGAGAAAUCUCCUGGAGGUACACCUUUACCCAAAAGAAAUAAGGUAAAGCCAUCUCAGUGGGAUCCAGCAGCUUUAAUAGCAGAAGCUCUUAAAGAGAAAUUUGGAUCACAAAGCAGUUGCGAUGAUUCAUUUGACAAAGAGAACAGCUCUUACGGUGCUUCACCAUUUUCUAGUCCAGAUACUCCAAUGGUUGAUUGUCACAUUUUGAAACCAAGCAUGAAGCAGAGACUUAACAAAACUGAAGAAGUAACAAAUGUAUUGUCUUCAAAAGUGAAACUUCAUAUAUAGUCAUGAUGUUGAUCUUGUGGAAGCAGCUGUGACUAUUGGGACUACUAUUAUUAUUUAUUAUUGCAUUGUACAAAGACUUACAAAUCUAACAGUUCUGAACACUCACUCUGUUGAGUGUUUACGUGAAUUUUUUAAAUUGCAUUUUUUAUCAGCUAUAAAUCUCUAUAAUUUUUUAUAUCCGUUUUAUGAUAUUGGUUUCAAAGUAUUAGUCAGAUGACUAAUGUGUAAAAAGAUAGUAAAAAGAACAUGUUAUUUCCUUGAUAUAUGGAAUCAUUUUAAAUUUCCCUAACUGAUUCUUAUAGCAUUUGCUUCCUCUUGUAUAUAAGUUGUGAACUUUCUGCAGUUGUGAAUGGAGUGGAAGAUUAUGAACAAACAUUGGAAAGUAUAUUGAUAUUUGACAUUUAUGAUGCAAAUAUUACUAAUGUGACUUCUUAUUAACUCUGUAAAUUUAUCUUCUAAAAUAGCUUUGUUUUACUGUAUGUGCAGAUUUAUACUUCUCCAUAGCUUAAAUGUAUCAAGUUUCACAAUUCUUGUGUGUUUGUCAAAGUUUAUGCAGGGUUACUCUCAUUAAUAAUUAGCCCCUUGUCUUGUAAUGCCCAGAUGCUAAAUGUAAGGGAGUCAUCUAAAAUUAGUUCACACAUCUCCACAAAUAGCUAAAUCAGCUUUGUCUGAGCUGGUUCAGAAGCAUUAGGCAGCACUGGCUGCGAAUCCCAAGACUUAAAUGUUGCCUAGUGUAAAUGUAUAUUUAUCAUUUCUGCUGAUAUGCUCUUGUUUGUAGUUAUUUGCAUCUUCUGUACACAAUAUGA